GUAAGCACCUCAGCUUUAGAGGCACCAGCCUUCUGUCUGGGCUUCUUGCCACAACAGAACAGCUCCACGGUCAUGGCCUUCCUCUCCCGACUGGAUCUUCAGGAGGGCCUCCAAACCCUCUCUGUUCUGCAGUGGAUCCCAGUCUACGUAAUUAUGGGAGCUUUUUCCAUUAUCUCUUUAACCUUUCUGGUGUUCACUAAAUUCUGGGCCCUGUCUGUGCUCGCCUUAGCCUGGCUCGCCUAUGAUUGGAAAACCCACAAUCAAGGUGGUAGGCGUUUAGCUUGGGUACGAACAUGGACCCUCUGGAAGUAUUUCCAAAAUUACUUCCCAAUAAAGCUGGUGAAGACUCAUGACCUCUCUCCCAAACACAACUAUAUCAUUGCCAACCACCCCCAUGGCAUUUUCUCUUUUGGGGUCUUCAUCAACUUUGCCACUGAGGCCACUGGCUUUGCUCAGACUUUCCCAGGCAUCACUCCUUCUCUAGGGACCUUGGAAGGGAUCUUCUGGUGGCCAAUUGUGCGAGACUAUGUGAUGUCAAUGGGUGUGUGCCCCGUGAGCAAGUUGGCCUUGAAAUAUUUGCUAACUCAGAAAGGCUCAGGCAAUGCCGUGGUUAUUGUGGUGGGCGGAGCUGCUGAAGCCCUCAUGAGCCAGCCAGAAGUUUCUACCAUCUUUCUUAAACGGCGUAAAGGUUUUGUGAAGUUGGCACUGAAGACAGGAGCAUACCUUGUCCCUUCCUAUUCCUUUGGAGAGAAUGACGUUUACAAGCAAGAGGCAUUCCUUCAGGGCACAUUGAUAAGUUUCUUCCAAAUGAUAUGCAAAAAAAUCGUGGGACUAAAUUUCUGUGUCUUCCAUGGCCGAGGCCUCACUCGAGAAUCCUGGGGCUUCCUGCCUUUCAAUCGGCCGAUUACUACUGUUGUUGGGGAGCCCCUGCCAAUCCCCAAGAUUAAGAAUCCAGAUGAGAAGACAGUGGACAAAUACCACGCACUCUACAUCAGUGCCCUGCGCAAGUUGUUUGACCAGCACAAAGUUCAGUAUGGCCUUCCUGAGACCCAAGAUCUGACAAUCAUAUAAUAGGAGUUGGAUUCCCUUAUUCUUAAACCCCAAAGCAUUGAAAGAUCCAAGUAAGACUACAUGGAUGGAAGACUUUGGGGGGGGGGGAGGUGUGAAAUAGGAGGCCAACCAAGCUACAAAGUACUUAAUGAGUCAAGUUGGGGGGAAGAAACCAGAAGAACAUGGGAAGACUGGACAACAACCCAGUUCAGCAAGCAGUCUUGUGAGUUCACAGGUGCUUUUUGGCCCCCUGACUCCAGCUAAUUCUCUGAGCAGAGGAAUGAGAAGCCAAAGAACACCAUGCCACUUCCUCCUGAUCCUUAGUGACACCAUCACCAUAUAGGUUUAGACUUAGAAGCCUUGUUGAGAACAGGCAUGGUUUGUUUCCUCCUAGACUCUUUCCCUACAAUUUGGGGACCACUACAAGAUAAACUGGGGACCUGAACUGUGGUUUGCUGAUCCAAGCCCUCAGUUGUGACACAUUUCUGCACUGGCAAAAACUUUUGCAUGCAGUUAUGUUGUUUGUUUUUAAAAUUAAAAUAAAGAUCUGGGUGUAUAAAACCAA